AUGGGCUCCAGCCCACCCGCAACCAAGAAGCUCGACCACCUCCUUCCCAACCCACCCAAACAUAACCUCGUCUCGCACUUCAUCCUCGGAGAGAUAAUCGACCACAUCUCUCUGAUCGAAGAUGACUUCCCAGGAGUCGACGUCCCACUGUUCAAGGAUCAUCUCUGGGCCAUCAGGAACAAGAAUGUCAAACCUGAGGGACAUCUACGAGGAUUCCUGAAUGUGUUCAAGGGCACCCAGGUCUUCAAAGAUGCUUUCGAUGAGCUGGAUGAUGGGAUGAAAGUCCAGCUGAAAACUUUCAUUGCUGGAGGAAGCGAGGAGGUUGUUUGGGCUGCUGGCGGAAAGGGAGAUGCUUUUCAUCUCCCUCCCAGUCCUGCCGUGAAGCAUCAUUUCAGAGAGGUUGCGAAGGUGGUCGAGGAGAAGCUUGGGAAUCUUUGCCAUCAUAAGAGACAUGCAAAUGGUGCUAAUGGAACUAAUGACAUUGCCAUUAGGCAAGUCAAGAAGGUCCAAGAGCAGUUUGAGAAGGCCCAAGAGCAGGUUAAGAAAGUCCAAGAGAGGGUUCAAGAGCAGGUUGGAAAGGUCCAAGAGCGGGCUGAGAAGGUCCAAGAGCAGGUUGAGACAAUCCAAGAUCAGGUUGAGACAGUCCAAAAGACGGUCCACGAGACGGUGGACGAGAUUUUUCAUCAUGGACACUAUGAUCAUGCGGUCAAUGAAAGCGCAUCCAAAGAAGAUGUCGUUGAUGAAUUCGCUGUCAAGCCACCAGUCACUAAUGGGCAUCAUGUGGAGAAAGUCAAAGAUGGAUUAGAAAAGCUUUUCCACCAUGAGAAUCAUUCGUCUGGUACCAACGGCAAUGCAAACAACGGAUACAUUGUCGAUGAGUUCGCCGUCCAACCACCAGUCACCAUUGGGCACGUCGAAAAACCAAUCUCAAGCAUUGCAAGCUUUCCUCAUAUCUUUGAGGAUCAGGCUCAGACCAAGGCUAUGGAGGUAUAUGGCAACAAAGAAUUCCAAAACUGGGGCCAAACUGUGCGCAAUACACCGCUGUGGACAUUCAUCCCAAAGACCAUCCUCGGCCUACAGAAUCUAGUCAAGUGGGCGAAACUCCAUGACCUCAGAGUCCGCUGUGGUGGAUACAGACAUUCAUGGUGCUCUACCUUCUCUCAGGACAAGCACAUCCUGGUAUCGCUAUUAAAUCUCGAGGAGGUUACUAAGCUACCAGAUGCAAUGAGCAUCGAGGCCGAGUACAUCGAUCCAGAGAACGAGCUCAAGACCAUCAAACUCGGAGGUCCGACAGGGGUAAAACCCCAACCAGGCAAGGCCUUGGUGACAGUUGGAGUCUCUGUGACCAAUGAGCAGUUCCGACGAUGGGCUGUGGUCAAUGACCAGUGGACUCUCCCUGUGGAUGUGAUUCUUGUGGAAGUUACAGUUGGAGGUGUGAACGGACCCAUCUGCCAUGGAGCGGGCCGCCAACACCAGACAGUGAACGACUACGUUCGUGCAGUAGAGUACGUGGACGCCAACGGCGAACACCGUACUAUCUCAGAUCCCGAGCACCUCAAGGCAGCAGCAGGUCACUUUGGCCUGCUGGGCAUAGUUACCCAUCUCACGUUCGAACUCGACAAGAUGUCCUAUGCUGUCAUGCAACCCGUAAAGCCAGACAUCGGCCUCGCAAUUCCACCCCUCGCCCUGGAAGAUAUUCCCAUUGCCCUGCGCAAAACCUUCACAGAAAAGCAAUACAAAGACGCCCUCACCGACUUCGAAAAGCGCGCCUCAGACGAUUACUACUCCGAAUGGUUCUGGUUUCCCCGCUCCCAGCAGGCCUGGGUCAACUCCUGGAACACCACAGACGACAAAACCAACGUCGUCGAGUACCCCAGCCCCUUCCUGACCUGGUGUCAAUGGGUCGAAGGUUGGCUCGGCUACGUGAUAACCACGAAUCCGAUAUUUCAAGAAUUCCCCGGCCGUUGGCAAGCCGAGAUCCUCGCCACAUUCAGCAUGGUCAACCUCCCACCCUUCGAAUUCUCCUCCUACAAGCAAGAGCAACUCGAGACGAUCGUUACCUCCCUCCCCAACGCCUUGCACUUCCGGCGCGGCAUCCAAAACAUGCGAGUCCGGGACAUGGAAUUCCAGAUCCCGAUCCCCGGGAAGAAGGACGACCCUUCUAAGCCGGAUUAUAGUGUGGUGCAGAAAGCGUGGUGGGACAUCAUUAACCUGACUUAUGAGGACGAUGAAUGCCCUAUGCGUUUGACGAUGGAGUUGCGCAUCAUGGGCGACUCGAAACUCAUUAUGGCGCCGCAGAACGGGAACAGGCAUGGCACGGCGAGUAUCGAGGUGUUGAGUAUCCCUGAUGCGGUGACGGAUGACGAGUGGGAGCCUUUCAUGCAACGUGUUGCCGAUCUGUGGCUGGGUUAUAAGGAUGAAAAUGGGGAGCUGUUGAACGUUAGGCCACAUUGGGCGAAGGAGUGGGAGAAAAUCACCAUGCGCGGCAAGCCAGCGCUACAGCACCUCAAGGAAGACGCCUACAAAGACGCCAUCCCAAAGUUCAAAGCUACCUUAGCUGAUAUCGGCGCAGUCCAAGGCUGGGACCUUAAUGAUCUGCAAAAGCGAUUCUCGAAUGAGCUGUGGGAUUAUGUGAUCUAUUCUUAA